AUGUCUACUAAUAACACAUCGUUCCGGCCUCGUAUUGCGAUCACUCUCGGUGAUCCGGCUGGUGUCGGUCCUGAACUCGGCGCAAAACUUCUGGCUGAUGCUAAUAACAGAGCUCGAGCAGAUCUGAUUGUGUUGGCCGAUAGAAGUGAAGUAGAAGCCGCUGCUGCUGUCGCUCAAGUCACAAUCCCCAUUGCCGAACAAGCAGGCCCAGACAGUGUCCAGGUUCUCGACGAUGGGACUGCGCCCACUACUCCGAUUGAGCGUGGAAAGAUCUCCGUGGAGGCUGGAGCACGCACACUUUAUCAGCUGCAACGCGCAGUGGCACUAGUCAACGCCGGAAAAGCCGAUGCUAUUGUCUUUACUCCACUGAACAAGACCUCACUGCAUAUGGCUGGGAUGCAUGAAGAAGAUGAACUCCGAUGGUUCGCUAUGCACAUGGGCCAUGAGGGUACCACAAGUGAAAUCAAUAUUAUCCCAGGACUCUGGACUUCACGAGUCACCAGUCAUGUUGGUAUUAAGGAUGUUUCCGCCCGCAUCAACAAAAAGGGAGUCAAGGAUGCAGUUGAACUCUUGCACAGUCUUUUGUCCGACUUCGGCAUCCCGAAUCCUCGCAUCGGUGUUUGCGCCCUCAACCCACACAACGGUGAAAACGGGAUUUUCGGCCGCGAAGAGAUUGAUGAGAUCAGACCCGGUGUUGAGAUGGCACGAUCUACCGGAAUCGACGCAAAGGGUCCAUUCCCCUCCGACACGAUCUUCGUUGGUCGCAAAAAUUACGACGGCAUUGUGACCAUGUAUCACGACCAAGGUCAGAUAGCCCUCAAGAUCAUUGGAUUUGAUGGUGGUGUCACAGUCCAAGGUGGAUUGCCUGUAGUUAUUGCUACUCCUGCUCACGGAACCGCCUUUGACAUUGCUGGCAAGAACAUUGCCAGUAUCAGAAGCAGUCAAAAUGCUCUCGACGUCGCCAUUGCAGUCGCUAGCAAGAAGGUUGCAAGGGAACAUGCAGCUAGGAUUUCAGAAGUUCCCUUGAAGGCGAGCGUCAAACAGGUUGAGGUUGCAGCUGUUGCAGUAUAG